AUUAAAGACCUCAUGACACGUGGAAAAUAAAGUAAUAUACAUACACACAUUGAAAGUACACAUACAAAAUAGUCACUUGAAGUUGGUUUUAAUCAUUAUGAUAGAGAAAUUGAGUUUGUACGGCCUUUUAAAAGUGCGAUUUUUGCGAUCUGCUACCGACCUUCCUAUUAGUCAGUCACAUGACCUAUGACGUACACUCCGGAACGGCUCCUUGGUCAAGACACUAUCCCACCUGUCACUCACGACUAUCCUGACACCUGUCAACAACAUGGAUUCUGACAACUCCGAUUCAUCCUCGGAUCCUGACACAUUUUUCGAAGUGGCAGAGUCCGACCCAAUGCUGGAGGACAAUGUGAGGGGCGUUAUGCCCUAUAGAUACGAGCCAUACUUGGAUGAGUUGGAGCCACAGGGUUCUACGGAAAGUUCGGAUGGCGAGGCAGAAGGCGCUGUUGGUGGUGCUGCUGUGGCAGACGGUCGGAUGCCUAUGGAUUUUGGCAGACUACAGCACGUGGAAUGGUGUUCUUGUGGGAGAUGUGAGCCAAUGCCACUGGUAGUGGAGUCGGUGUGCUGCCGCGAACAGUCAAGAGUGUGCGAGAGGAGAGAGGAGGAGGGAGCAGACACCCGCUGCAUCACAGAACAUUCUGGCUUUGAGCCAGUUUGUCUGAAUCUGCAUGUUCUGCGCACCGCACAUUUCCACUAUCGGCAAGAAUACGGGGAUGUAGAGGGAAACGAGUGGAAGAGGUACACUGGAUACAGACAGUUUGUGCGAUGGUGCUACGAGUACCUGGGAAGACAUGUCAGGGUCCCCAUACCUUCCUGUGUGGUGUGGUGUAUCCGGAGAACUUUUCCCUCCAUUGAUUACAGGGGGUUCCAGGACACCAACAGCCCGUGAUGAUACAUGUAUGCUGUUAACUUGUUAAUUUUGUUUUUUUAGUUUAAAUACAUGAGUUUGUAAAUACAUGAAAAUGAAUGUCAAUACAUGAUACCUCUGGCUUCACAUGAAUGUGUCUUCAUUUUUACAACUUACAACAGCUUACAACAAAUAGGCCUAGCAAAUCAAUUUACACCUUCACCAUGGAAGGGUAGCUGAUAUUUUUGAUCAUACGGUGUCUAAGAUGUGCUGUACUUCAGGGACAAUGCAAUACAAGCCCACAUGGAUAAGGGGGAAAACUGUAGCAACACAGACAUACUACACACCCUGUAAUGACACUUUUCAGAACACCAAGGUGAGGAUGGAGCAGGAGGUUCCCAACACAGUAAAUCAAAGCACUCACGGCAAAGAUGAAAUUAAGUUUGUGUUUAUUCCAUUCAGUCCGGUUCUCAUGUGUACAUUUAGGUGUUAUUUGUAAUGCUAAAGCGGGUCAUAUGUGCAUUGACUGCUGCCCUCUUAUCCGGCUUUUCGAAUGAUGCAUUGAGUGGCUCUGUAACAGGGGACGGGUCUGGGAUGUCAAAGUCAUCACCGUUGUAGUCCUCACCUCGACACAUGGCCUCCACCAUCCGCAUCAGCUCUUCAGCAUAGCC